AUGCCUAGUCGACUGCAAAAACUCAAUAAACACGACAAGCAACGGCUCCCAUCCAACCCUCCUCAGGUACCCGUACCCGACUUUGAUAUUCCUCCACAAGACUUUGUUCUCGACCUCCACACCUCUACCUCAACAACUUCCGCCAAAACGUCUUCUUCCCCGACGACAACGACGACGGCCCCAUCGCUAAAUGGUCUCUCGAGCAGUCGACGCACACUCGCUCCCCCUAUCACCACCUCCUACUUCUCUCGUAACGUACGCAACAGUAGCUUGAACACGCGCAUCGACGGAACCCACCAGUCGACGCCGAGCCCUUUCCCUUCUCCCCGAGGCGCCCCUAAGAUGGUCCAGACCAUCCGAACAGUACCCAGCUUCGAAGCCGCGAGCGACACGAGCUCCGACGCACCCUCACACACUUCCGCAUUCUCCAGUUCCGUAAACAGCAACGCCAGCGCAGUCAGCAUGGCAUCGAAUCACCAAGAAAGGACGCCAGGCGUCAAGUUAAAACACGACUGGCCUCACGCCAGCAACGACAACACCAUCAAAAUAGACUCAGCGAGGAGGGAAGAGACGCCGCCUGCCGACGAUGAAAACGCCGCUCCCGUACCCGAAGGACAAGGCCCAGGCUGGGACUCGACCAUUGGCAAGGCGGGUCUGGGAAAGACGGGACGGGUCAUCAACAAGCUCGUCAGCGACAACGAAGCCCUAAAGCGUGACAUCCAGAUCGAACGGUUACGAGCCGAGGAGGCCAAGCAGGCCGCCAAGCUGGUAGAGGACAAGAUGGAGCGCAUCAUCAGCGACUACGAGAGCCGCCUCCUCGAAGCGAGCGUCACCAAGACGCUCCUCAGCCGCAAGGAGCGCCAGGUCGAAACCCUCCACGCCAAUGUGGAACUAGAAAAGAAGCGCACGGCGGACGCCAAAGAAAAAGAGCUCCUGUGGCGCGACGAGAUGGAAAAGAUGCGCGCCAGCACGACGAAGCAGGUCGAGGACGCAAACACCCAUGCCGCGCUCAUGGAGGGACGGUAUAACGCCAUCAGCUCGCACUGGAAGGACCAGGGCGACGAGGUGCAGCGCGCGCACCUAAAGCUGCGGUCCGAGAUUGCGGGCGUCGUCGAGGAGCGGCGGCGCGACGACGAAAAGAUUGCGGCGCUGCGGGACCUGUGCGACCAGCAGGACGGCAACAUCAAGGAGCUGAGGCGGCAAAAGGAGGAGAUCCAGAAAAAGUUUGACGAGUACAAGGCGCAGCAAGAAUUCUUGCUCAAGGAUAUCAAGGCUGGCGUCGCCGGGCGGGAUGCCGAGCAGGAGAGGUUGCUCGAGGAGACGAGGUCGACGUUGGCGAAGCUAAAGUGGGCGCUCAAUGUGAAAGAAAACGUCAAGGAUCUGCUGCAAUGA